AUGGCGGCCGUGCAGCAGCCCAGCAGCGUCCACGCCACCGGCUGCGAGCAGCUGACGCAGUCCCUGUCGUGCCGCAUGUCGGCCCGCCUGGCACGCGUCAGCGAGUCUGCCCCCAUGGCCCUGGGCGACUCCCCCUUUGAGGAGCCCGCGCAGCGCUGCCUGUCCGCCGCCCUGAGCCGCGGCCUCUCCAAGGGCAAGGCCAUGGUGCGCGUGGAGUCUGAGGGUCUGGAGGGCCUCAAGGUGCCCACCGGCCCCGUGACCCUGGAGAGCGGCCCCCAGGGCUGCGUGCGCCCCUACACCAUCAUCGACGACCCCCAGGCCUGGCUGGCAGCCGACCUGGCGCAGCGGCAGUCUGAGUGGCUGCUGCAGCUGAGCCAGGAGGACGUGGCGGCGGUGGAGGAGCGCGUGGCGGCGCUGCAGGCGGCGGGCGUGACCCUGACCGCCCUCAAGCGCCCCACCGACUUCCCGCUGCCUGCGGCGCUGGAGGCGCGUCUGGCGGCUGAGAAGCACAACCUGCUGCACGGCAACGGCGUGCUGGUGAUCCGCGGCCUGCCGGCGCAGCGCUGGAGCGAGUGGCAGAACCUGGCUGCCUACCUGGGCCUGGCGGCGCACAUCGGGUACCGCACCCCCUGGAACAAGCAGGGCAACCUGAUCAGCCACAUCAAGGCGGCGCAGGGCUUCAAGGUUGCCCCCGGCGCCAAGUUUGUGCAGGGCGGCAGCGACGGCAAGUCUGCGCAGCAGGGCCACGCCACCAACCUGGAGUUUGACUGGCACACCGACGCGCAGGCCGACGUGCUGGGCCUGCUGUGCAUCAGCCAGGCCAAGUCCGGCGGCGUCAGCGGCUGGUCCUCGGCCCUGGCUGUGCACAACGAGAUGCUGCGGCGCGGGCGUGGCGACCUGGUGGCAUGCCUGGCGGGCCCCGGCUGGUACCGCGACCGCACCAAGUACCAGGAUGUGCGCCCCGGCGACUGCCCCGUGUGGGAGAUGCCUGUGUUCCACUACCACGAGAGCCGCCUCAGCGUGCACUUCCACCCCGGCCACACCCGCGCCUGCCACAAGCAGUGGCCUGAGCUGGGCCCCAUGACGGCGGAGAUGGAGGAGGCGAUUGAUAUGUUCAUCGAGAUUGCCUCAGACCCGCGGUUUGAGUUCCAGACCUACCUGCAGCCCGGCGACUGCUGCUUCAUGAACAACGCAACCCUGCUGCACCGCCGCUCCGCCUACGAGGAUGGCGAGGCGGCGCACGAGAAGCGCCACCUGGUGCGCGUGUGGCUGGCGGUGGAGGAUGGCCGCCCCCGCGCCCCGCACCUCGACUUCCCCCGCUCCUACACCGUGGGCUACGACCGCCACACCUACCAGGGCCUGCUGUGCCCCAACCCCGAGCUCUUCCACGUGCAGCGCAGCGACCACGCCGGCAACCACCACUGAGCCUGUACCUGCAGCCAUGUAUACACCCCUGCCCCUUAUUCUCCUCUUUUGCCUGUACAUCCCUUGGCCAUUUCACCACCCUCUUUCAUUCACUGUUUCCUACUGCUCUACACAGCUCCUCUGCUGCUUGCCCAUUUCUUCUCACCAUCACUCUGUGCCACCAACACUCGCAUCCUUCACAGCUGAGCGUGCUGCCCACCGAUAACCACAUUCUUUCCUGUUUCACCUGAAAUGCCUCACACCAUCCAUUAUGUGAACUCACACAACCAA